AUGAGCUCGUCCAGGAAGGAGGGCGGCUUCUUCUCCUGGUCGCCCCACUGCAGACACUUCUUCUCGGCCCAGGACGCCGAGUCGUCCGUGAACGGCCGCUCCUGGUGCCGCGCUAACACAUCGGUGCACAGGGAAAUAAAACAGGUUUCUGCGCCUGAAGGCCGAAAAGUCGUUUUCCUGAAGAACAGGUAUGGUGAGUUUGCCUACAGAGUCAACAAGUCUGUAGACGAUGACAUGACACAACAUGACCCUCCACUUCAUCCUCCUGCAUCUGGACUCUCCACGAACCUACGCCAGGAUCCUCAGUCCUCAACGGAUGAACCAGCAGUGAACUUAACACUGAAGGGACUCGCUGACUCCUUUGCUGACAGACAGAAUAAUGGAUCAACUCAGACGGAACCAGAGAAGGAGAAAGAGGAGGUGGUGUGUGAAGAACAUCCAGAAGUCCCUUAUUGGUUCUGUGAGGACGAGCAGAAAGCUGUGUGUCCUGUCUGUGAGUUCUCUCUCCACCAGAGUCACAAGGUGGUUCCUCUAGAACAAACAGUCAGGAACCUGAAGGACCAGCUGAGAUCUGACUUGAAGUCUCUGCAGGACAAGAGAGACAAACACCAACAAGUGGAGAAAACAUACAAUGAAGUGAUCCAACUCUCCAAGAAGCAGCUGGUGUCCACAAAGAGGAAGAUCAGAGCAGAGUUCAACAAGCUCCACCAGUUCCUGAGAGAGGAAGAGGAGUCCAGACUGGCAGCUCUGAGGGAGGAAGAGGAGCAGAGGGGGAAGACUAUCAGCAGAAAGAUGAAGAUGAUUGAGGAGCAGAUCUCCUCUCUGUCAGACAGCAUCUCUGCUGUUGAAGAAGACCUGCAGAAAGACAAGGUGUCGUUCCUCAGCAGUUAUAAAGCCACUCAGACCAGAGCCAGAGUCCAGAGCUCACUGACAGAUCCACAGCUGGUCUCAGGAGCGCUGAUAGAUGUGGCCAAACACCUGGGCAACCUGUCCUUCAGAGUCUGGGAGAAGAUGAAGGACCAGGUCCACUUCAGUCCUGUCAUUCUGGACCCAAACACUGCAAACUACUUUCUCUCUCUGUCUGAUGAUCUGACCAGUGUGAGAUAUGGAAUCAUAAAGCAGCAGCUUCCUGAUAAUCCAGAGAGAUUCACUAAGUAUGCAGAUGUUCUGGGCUCUGAGGGCUUCAGCUCAGGGAAACACAGCUGGGAGGUGGAGGUGGGAGACCAUCCUCUAUGGUUUGUAGGUUUGGUUAAAGAGUCAGUUGACAGAAAGGGAGAGACAGGUGCUUCAACAGGUGAUGGAUUCUGGUGUUUAGCUCUUCACAAUGAGAUAUACACUAAUGGAGUUGGUCGGCCUCUCCGAGUGAAGAAGAGUCUCCAGAGGAUCAGAGUCCAGCUGGACUACGACAGGGGGGACGUGUCCUUUUACGACCCUGAAGACACGACUCACAUCUACACUUAUAGAGACACUUUCACUGAGAAACUCUUCCCAUAUUUCAAUAUUGGAGAGUCUGGUGAUGCUGAAACUGCUGAUAUCACAAUCUGUCUGAAAACUGAUAUUUCUCUGUAAUGUUCAGUGAAGGUG